CACAAAAAGUUAUCAAAUGACAGACCAUUAAAUUCGCCCAAAACUGAAGACAACAGCGAUUUAGACCUCGAUAUCAGUAAUUCUAUUAAGAAUGGAAUUCUCUAUAUUGAAGACAUCACUGAAAAGAAGUGGAAAACAUAUUACUUUGUAUUGACUCAAGAAAAGCUAUAUUAUGUCGAACCCAAUGCUGAGGAAGAAGACGACGACGAAGAAGAGGAGAAUAUUUAUGGGACAAGAGAUUCGGCGGAGUUGUAUGAGAACAACGCCUAUGAAAUGCAUUUCGGAGAGACUUGGUUUCACGGAAAAGUCAAACGAGCGGAGGCCGAGUUAUUGCUGAACAGGUAUUUAUGCGGUGAUAACAGCAGUGACGGCACAUUUCUGGUCAGAAACAGUGAAUCAAAUUCUGGUGAAUUUUCCCUGUCAUUCAUAUACCAGAAUCACAUCCAUCACAGUAUUAUAUAUCACACCAACGAUACUCAAAACAAGACUUAUAACCUCAACAAAUACAAAACCUUUCCGAGUCUUUAUGAACUCAUAGCCUAUUAUCAGAAGCAUCCGCUUCGGAGUCAAAAGUUUCAGGAGUUGUAUUUGAAAACUCCUGUUCCGCAACCAAAUUCACACGAAGACAAGGAAUGGUUUUACAAGAAUAUGACCCGAUCUCAGGCCGAAGAUCUGCUCAGAAGACUGAGAAAUAACGGCGCUUUCCUCGUCCGGCCGAGUGAGAGAUCCCACUCUGAAGACGACAAUCUAUUUUCUAUUUCUUUUAGAGCUGAGAAUAAGAUCAAACACUGCCGUAUAAAACGCGAGGGAAGGCUAUAUUUGAUCGGAAGCGCAGAAUUUGAAAGCCUUACAGAACUUAUUGAAUAUUACGAGAAGAACCCACUCUAUAGGUUGAGUAUUGAGAUUUGA